UGCGUUCUUGUACCUUAACGACAUGAACGGUUGUUUCCAUUAGCAACCGUGAUUCUUAGCGGAAUAAAGUAUUUUUCAAAGACUGAAACAUGUCGUUCGUUCACGAUGAGACAUCUGCAGAUCUCCCUGUCAGAGACAUCGCUGUCAAUCUGUCCCGCCUCACCGAUGCUCCUCAAGAUCCGUCUGUGCAUCAACACGCUCGGGAGCGGCUGAACGUGGGGAAGCUGUCCAGGGAGGAGCUGGAGGACCGCUUCCUGCGAGUCCAUGAGGAGACACUGCAGCUGAAGCUGCACAUUCACAAACAGGAUGAAAAGAUUAAGAAGUUGGGAACAAAGCUGAUGAGGCUGGUGAAAGACCGCGGGCGGAUGGAGCAGCUGGCUGCAGGACCAGCACAGCCUCCAUCCAGGUUCCGAGAUGUGGAAAUGGAGGAGAUGGUGGAGGAGCUCCAGGAGAAGGUCAGAGGGCUGCAGGCGGAAAAAGAGGGGCUGAAACAGCGCCUCCUGGUGGCCAAACACCAGCUCCUCAACUCACAGGGCAGACGGCAGACGCAGUAUGAGCACGUGCCGUCCCGGGUGAACUCUGGCAUGAAGAAACUCCGAGAUGAUUCCUCAUCUCUAUCACCUGCUCGUCACAGAAGUAUGCGGAGUUUUGAAGGCCAUGGGAGGCCUCCAACCGGCAAGCUGCCUCGAUAUGGACACAGCCUGCUUGAGGAGGCGAGGGCCGAGAUCCGUAACCUAGAGAACGUGGUAGAGUCUCAGCAGAGUCACAUGGAGGAGCUGGAAGCUGCGGCAGAGCGGCUGAGGGAGGAGAUGAGGAGGAAGGAGGAGGAGUUCGAGGAGAAGCUCCUGCAGGCCCGACAGCAGCAAACUUCCACUCUUAGGUCACAGGUCAAUAGCAACACGUCGAUGAUCAGGCUGCAGAAGCAGCUGGCCGACAGAUUCAACUCCGUGACGGAGCUGGAGGGCCGGUAUCGGCUGCUCCAGGAGGCUCAGCAGACGCUGAAGGCGAGCAACGAUGCAGCGCUGGCGAAGGUGGACGAUCUGAAGGCUCAGCUAAAAGACGAGAGGAUGAAGAAUCUGGAGAUGGACAGUAAACUGCAGAUGGUCAACAUCAACAAGAUCAUGGUGGAGCACUUACAGGAGCGGAUCAGUGACCUGGAGCAGGAGAGGGAGCUGCUGAAGGAGAGCAACAAGGACCUACUGGAAAGCGCCUUUGAUGUUUCCCAGCAGCAGAAGUGGCAGCUUCAGGAGCAGCAGCUGAAGCUGCAGAUCGUUCAGCUGGAGACGGCGCUGAAGGCCGACCUCGCAGACAAAAACGAGGUCUUGGACAGGAUCAAGACGGAGAGAGAUAAAAACCAGCAGCUGACAGAAGAGAAUCAGAAGCUUCAGAUGAAGUUCCUGGAACAGAAGCAAGAAGUAGAGGAGCUGAAGGAGCGUCUGAAGUUCUACGGCAGGGAGAAGGACUACAGCGCGGCUGAACUCACAGAGGCCCUGCUGCUGAUUAAAAAGCGGAAGUCCCAGAAAAGCGGAGAUCUGAGCUUCAUGGCGGAGGUGGACGAGGACGGGAGCUCCGUCAGAGAGCUGAGAGCCGCUCACGCUGAAACUAUCCAGGAACUGGAGAAGACCAGAAACCUCCUAAACAUGGAGAGCCGGAUCAGUAAAGACUACAAGGUGGAGCUGGAAGCCGCUUUGAGGAAGAUGAGCAGUGACAAAGCUGAGUUUGAGCAGACGCUGGCGCGUCAGGCUCAGCUGCUGGAUGCCAGAGCUGCCAGGAUCUCCAAGCUGGAAGAUCAGCUCAGAGACGCUGCUUACGGCACCAAGACUCAAGUCUUCAAGGCAGAGCUGACGGGGGAAGAUGAGUCGGGGUGCUUGGAUGAGGUCGUCAAUCUGGAGCGUGGAGAGAACCUCCUGGAGCUGCAGAUAGUCGGAGCCACACUGUCUCCUUCCGCUCUGAAGGUUCUCAACGACGAAGAUCCCUCUACCUUCUGCACCUACUCCUUUUACCUGUUCGAGCCGCACUCCACCCCAGUGAUGAGUGGCCGCUGUCCUAGAUACGGUUAUACCUCCAAGUACGUGGUGAGCAUGGACGACCCCUUCAUGGACUACCUGCACAGGGGCUCCGUCACGGUGGAGCUGCAUCAGGCGCUGGGAGUGGACUGGAGGACGCCGGCGGCAGCUCAGCUCAGGCUGCAUCAGCUGCUGGAACAGGAAGGAAAGGUUUUCGGCAGCAUCCCACUGGUUGGACGAGAUGAGGUGGCCCGGAACUUCGGUUCCCUGGACUACUGGCUCCAACUGAGGGUUCCCAUGACAGAGACUAUCCGUUUGUACCGACAGAAGCUAAAGGCUGUGGGCUUCAUCCAGGCGUCUCCCAGUGAAGGCUCACAGCUGACCUGCACCAGCAGGAAUGAGCUCCUCAUCACUGUCCAGCGUUGCAGAGACCUUUGGUCCAGGAGCGCCCAGCAGCCCAGUCCCUACAUCGUCUACAAGUUCUUUGACUUUCCUGAUUAUCCCACGGCCACUGUGGACGACUGCUGCCACCCCGAGUUCAGUGACCAGAAAUCCUACCCCAUUCUGAUGGAUGGAGACCUGGACCGGUACCUGAAGACUGAGGUGCUUCAGUUCUACCUGUUCGACUUCAAGGAGGAGCAGAUGGACACAUAUGUGGGAAAAGCCAGAGUACCGCUGCUGCCUCUGACCAGAGGUCAGGAGGUUUCAGGGCUGUUUGAGCUUGCUGAUCCUGAGGGGAGACCUGCUGGCUCCUUAGAGGUGAUGCUGAGGUGGAUGUUUGUCUACCGUCCCUCACCAGGGGUCAACAUGGCAGCUGAGGAGUCUGGAUUGUUGUCACAGCUUCAUCCCCGUCAGCGGGUUGAUCCUAAACUCGAAGAGGGGAAAGCUGAGAUGGAAAAGAUGGAUGACCAUCUGGAAGAUGAUGAGGAGAAGCUACAGGAGGAAGAGGAGGAGCUCAAGAACCUCAACGCCGCAGCUGCUUCUGAAGUGGCGCCGCACAGAACCAGAGGACAGAAGACUCAGGACAGGGAUGGAGCAGGGGCCAAAAGAGUCACGUUUGUGGGCGUGACGCCAGCAGAGGAUGAGGUGAAGGAGGGAGCUCCAGCAGAGAGUCUAUCAGAGAAACAGAACACUACCUUUACCCCUGAUGUCCAGGUGGCAUCCAGAACCCCUCAGAGUACAACAGAAGACGGCCAUGAUGAUGCUGAUGAUGAUGAGGAAGAGUCUCAUGUUUCUGAGGGGCAGCUGGUGGCGAGCGCUCAGUCAUACUCUGACGACUCUGACAUCACCGAGGAAAUCACUGAAGAUGUGGAGGAAGGUCUAGCAUCUGCGGGCCCUCAGAGAGAGUCCACACAGUCCGACAGCGACGACUGCAUCGUUCAGGGACAGGCCUCAGGGAGAAAGCUUUCUGAGCGAGUCCGGGUGGAGGUGGUCUCUCUGAGCCUGGCGCCGCGGUCCCGGCUGGCGCGGGACGACAGCGUGAUACGGCUGUUUGUGGAGUACAACUUCCUGGAUCUGCCCACUGAGGAGACCCCCCUGUCUCUGCCCAAACCCCCCCUGGGUCGCAGUAUCAACUUUAACUACAGCAAAGUGAUUCCUGUGGAUGCAGAGAACAACGGAGCGAGGCGGCGACUGCUGAGGGAAGUCCUGCGAGGACGGAACGCUCAGAUGGAGAGGAUCCAGUUCACGGUGGUGAGCGAGCCGCCGGAGGAAGAGGAGCAGGAGAGGGAGUGUGAGGAUGUGGGCGUGGCCUACCUGAGGAUCCCUGAGGUGGUGGAGAAGCAGCAGGACGUUGUGGAGGCCAGCCUGAACGUGCUGGACGUGGAGGACAGCAGCGAGGUGGUGGGCCAGCUGACCGUGUCCUUGGAGGGCCUGGAGGCUCUACGGGCCAUCAUGGAGGACCAGGACAAGGAGUGAAGCUGCAACUGCUUUUAUUUCAGGAGAUAUUCUCUAUUCUGCUCUGGCUGAGAAUAAAGAGAGAUUCAGGUUGGCAUGCUUUGGUCUGCUGUGAUUCUGAAGGUCCUGCUGAAUAUUCCACCACAGGAGACUUUAAUGUGUCUGGUUGGAGCAGAGGUCCGUCUGUUGCAGGAUCUUUCUGGACUCGGCUCCAGAACUAUGACGACCCAUCAGGAAACCAUCCAGCAGCUGCCAGUGGAUCGGGUCGGUCCUGAAUGUAUCAGAACUCAGGAAAAAGCUGAAUCUCAGAAUCCAUGAAAUCAGGGCUCAGACGAAGAAGGUUGUUUGUUCCCUUGUGCGUUGCAGCUUCCUGCUGAGUGUUGUUGUGGCGAAGCUCAUUGCAGA